UCUCCAGUGUGGGUGUGGCUGUGGGGCUUUGUGUCCAUCACCAUCAUCAGCCUGCUGUCUCUGCUGGGCGUGGUGCUCGUACCCAUCCUCAACCAAGCCUGCUUCAAGUUCCUGCUCACCUUCUUGGUGGCGCUGGCAGUGGGCACGCUCAGUGGCGACGCUCUCCUCCAUCUGAUGCCCCAUUCUCAAGGGCAGCACGACCACGGCGAGCAUGCCAAGGGCGAAGAAGAAACCGAUCUGGCAACAGCCUUCGAUGGAGUGUGGAAGGGCCUCACAGCGCUGGCUGGCAUCUACCUCCUCUUCAUCAUCGAACACUGUAUCGGCAUGUUUAAGCACUACAAAGACCACAGGGACAUGAAGAAGGCGAGUGAGGAGGGCAAGAUCGGCAGGAAGUUGUCAGAUCACAAGUUAAACCGCCGCUCAGAUGCAGAGUGGCUGCACCUGAAGUCCCUCAGUGAAGACCCCGACAGCACCGCCGUCUCCUGCGACAACGGGCACAACGACACGCAGCUCACCGAGAUCCAGACGCCCGACUCUCCCACCAACAUGACGCCACUUGCGCCCGCGCACCCCCAACAAGACCGCCAGUCACCCACCAAGGAGAAUGGACGCAAGGCCAAGCAGCGCGGCCACGGACACUCGCACGGACACGGGCACUCUCACGGUGGGAACUGCCACUCAGACCAGGAGAUGAAGGACGCUGGGAUAGCCAGCAUCGCCUGGAUGGUCAUCAUGGGCGACGGCAUGCAUAACUUCAGUGACGGCCUGGCGAUAGGUGCAGCAUUCAGUGCGAACCUGACGGGAGGCAUCAGUACAUCAGUGGCUGUUUUCUGCCAUGAAUUACCUCAUGAACUCGGUGACUUUGCGGUGCUGCUGAAAGCGGGGAUGUCAGUGAAGCAGGCCAUUGUCUACAAUCUGCUGUCCGCCCUCAUGGCCUACGUUGGCAUGGUGAUUGGCACAGCUGUGGGCCAGUACACACACAAUGUCACCAGCUGGAUCUUCGCCAUCACUGCCGGCAUGUUCCUUUAUGUGGCUCUGGUGGAUAUGCUGCCAGAAAUGCUUCACGGGGACAGUGAGGACCACAAGCGCUGCCAGCUGGGACACUUUAUGCUGCAGAACCUGGGCCUGCUGACCGGGUUCAGCAUCAUGCUGCUCAUCGCCAUCUUUGAAGACCAAAUCGUUUUUGAUUUUGGCUUCGACUAGAGGCUGGGGAUGGUUGCGGAGAGGGGGGUGGACAAUAUUGUUCUUCUUGGCCUUAACAUGCAUUGUUUGCGACGGCCCAGUCUUGCAUGCAACGUGAGUCUCAUUCAUGACCCGUGCCUCCAUUCCAAACAUUCAGCAGUAGCUUAUAAACACUCUGCUCCUCCAUCACCUCUCCUCCGUCAGCUCCAAUCUGUCUGCUCCCUGCGAAGCAAAAAAAAAAAAAAAAAGAAAGAAAGGAAAGAGAAUGAAAUGAAUGAAGGAUUAAAGAAGAGCGAGGGAUGCACUCCAGCAGGAAAACACCUCCUCUGCUCUGAACUGGUCUGAAACUCCCAUCAAAAGAAGAGCUGUUGGUUGUGAAGGUGGUGCAGGACGCCUGUGUUCCUGCAGAGGCAGCUGUCACGGCCCAGCAGCUCGCCGCCUAUGCACCGUCACCUGUUAAUGUGUUGUCGCCGUAUCCUUCCAACCCCCCUCAACCUCCUUGUCUCUUAUCCACUCUUAACUGUGUCCCGUCAUCCAUGCCUCGUACAUCUGUGGUGUGUGUUCCGCCCGCCAUCCAUCAUCGGCUUUAGAUGUCGUCACGCUGUGUAUGAAACAUCUCGCGUCUCUCUGUGCCAAGCCCUGGCCACUGGAGCAGCAGAACCGCCGCCGCUCCACACACCGUCACCGUGUCCUUACAGAGACGGAGAACUCACUUUAGCUAGCUGCUACGUCUGGAAUAAGCCUUUUAGCUCGUGUUGCUUCACCUGCAAAGUGUGUUGACGGCUAGAAGCUGCAGUGUCAAAAUAGUAAAGCGUUCCCCUGACUUUGUUUGUUUUUUUUUGCAACAACUUUCUCCAUUUAUUACUUCAGAGUUAUAUUUUAUUGUCUGAUUUGAUCUUUGGGAUUAUUAAACCUUUGUAGCUCAUAGUGAUAGCUAACACAGCUGCCAAAGCCUUUACAAACUAGAAAGCCUUAUGACUGUUUUUGUUUAGAAACUAGAUGACACAAAUGUCUGACCAGUUCUUUUUAAGGGUUUGACAAUCUGUAGGCAAAAGGAGGCAUAUCCUUGUUAGGUCUUUUAAAUUAUGUCUUUCGUUAUAAGAAUCAGCAGCUUGAAAAUGUGAAUUCCCAAAACCUAGUUAUUCCCGUCUUCAUCAAAGUGUUGUAGUUUACUAGAUGUAUUUAAGGUGCUAAAAGCUGCGUUGUCCAAUCGGACCGCCCUGCAGUGGACAUUUAAUUACAGCAGGAGGUUGAUUUGUCACACUAAUGCAGUUUUGUUUCCUAUACUGUAAUUACAGGAGGUCUUUAUAGUGUCAGUAGUGCAGCAGCUAAAACGUUUGUUCCUGCUAAAAAUUUAUUUGGUGAGUACUUUUGUCAAGGAAUCAACGAGCCUCCUCACAAUCUGAGACAGACCGAGCAAAAGACAGUACUCCUGUAUCACAGCACUUCUAUUGGAUGUUUAACCCGCGUUAUCAAACCAUGUGGUAAAGAUUAUUAUUUUGAUCUUUUUACAAGCAUUCCUCAGGUAGCUUUCUGAGGAUGUACAUCAUCAUUACUCUGCUGACUCUGACCCCUGUGCCAAAACUGUGGAUUUUCAGUGGCUGGUGCUUGACACUGACCCGCCCCCCCCCUCUUCCCUUUUAGCCCUGACAUUCCAUUGGCUGUACUGCGGCUCACACGCUAAGCUAGGUAGCCUAGCUUCAGCUGCUGGAGCACACAGAUGUUGUGUGUGGCUUCAUUUAUCCUGUCACUGUGUGACAUCCAUCGUCUAUGUCUUAACUGGUUGUAAAUCAUCGUCAGUCACGAAGUCAUGUGAUUGGUCUGACAGAAUCAUGCAUGAAGCAUGAGUGAAACGGUACAGACGUUGUGUCGAGUGUAAAUUUAUUUUCAUUCUUUGUACUGCAAAGUUAAAGUAUCGACAACCUUUGUUACUUUUUAAAUUAAGUCCGUGUGAAGAUCGUGAGAUGUUCUUUGGGGUGUGACCGGUGUUAUGAGCCUUUUUGAAAAAUGAUUCACGUGUGUGUGAGUACGCACCUUAUGCAUCAGUUCUUUACUUUUGCAGGCAUUUUAUUAUUUUCAUCUUCAUAUUUAAUGUUAGUGCACACAGGACCUGAAUGUAUCUUCAGUUUGCUCUUACACCAAGUAAAGUUCAUCAUUUUUUCGAUAAAAUAUAAGUUUGACAUUUAUUCAGUUGUUUUCUACAAUAUUAAUUUUGAUUGUGACAUUUUUUGAAACAGUAUUUCUCCUGAGUUCCUGUAUUAUCGGUAUAAUUUAAAUCAAAUCUGUACUGUCAAGUGUUCGAUAAGAGUUAGUGACACUUAAAGAAACUACGCCCCAAAGUUUCUUCACUGUUUAUCGGGCAAAGAAUUGUCUGUAAAAUGAAGGCCCAUGAUUGUUCUCAUUUUUGCUUUGUUGUAUGUAGAUUUGUUUAGCAAUCUGGAUAUAAAAUGCAAAAUGUGACUUCUUUGCUGUUUGCCUGUCUGUACAUUCUCCCCAUUACGAAAGAAAAAUAAACUCUGAAAAGAU